AUGGUAGACCCACUUGUAGAAUACAAAAAUUCCGUGGAGAAACGGUUAAAUGAUGCCGAGUUGUUGAUCAACAGAUUAAUCCAUGAGAAUUCUGUCAAAGAUCAAUUACUUGAGCAACGAGAUGAAGAGAUUUCACAGCUUAAAGCCACUAUUGAAAAACUUGAUGAAAAGUCGUCAUCACAAUUGAAAAAAUAUGAUUUAAGUCUGGAGAAUUUAGACAUUAUUAAGGAUUUAUUUGAAUAUCUCUGUGGUGUUAGAGUUCAUAAGACUUAUGAAGAUGAUACAGGGCUUUGGUUCGAUACUUCUCAAGGUGUCAAAGAUUCCAACGUAAUGGAUUAUAAACUAGGAUUUGUGAAAAACAGUGCUUCACCAAAGGAUAAUAGUACAAAUGUACAAGUUGUAUACGUGCCUUUAUUGAAAUAUAGAUCUCCAAAAGAGUUAUUGCUUUUACAAAAAAUUUUACCUGAAUACAUGUUUGAAACAUUACAAUUCCCUUUAAGUUCGCUACACCAAUUCUAUAUGAAACUAUCCAAAUGUUUGGAUAAAAAAUAA